CGCGGCUGGUCCACGCCGGAGGCACACACGGUGGGUGCCCUGUCUCCACGCCAGUGAAUGACGUAGCGUAGGUACUCCUGGCCGAUCUGCUCGCCCGCGUUCUCGCGUUCUUCGCUAGCUCGCGUUAGCUUGGCUAGAGAUCGCGCAAGUAGAAGUACACACGCUCUCGUCGGCGUCGGCGGCAGCGGCGCAUGCGCUGGCGCGACCGCGCGUCGCGACUCGACUCGACUCGACUCGGCCCGACUCCGGCUCCGGCUCCGCUUCUCGGCUCUCCGCGGCUCUCGCCCUCCCCGCCAAGGUGCAUGCAUGCAUUCUAUGCGGCGUGCACCGCAUUAGAUGCAUUUCUAAGUCGCGCCGCAAUAAAUCGCAGAAAUAUCGAAGUCGAGGCCCCGGUACGGUCGCGCGCGCGUCACCGAGAGAGCUCGCGAGCUGUGCCGUCGAACGAUACCCGCUCGCGUGCGAUACCGAUCGUCGAAAGGGAGAGACAACCUGGAGAGAGAGAGAGAGAGAGAGAGAGAGAGAGAGAGAGGCAGAGAUAGAUAGAGAGAGAGUUCGGGGAGAUAAGACGGGAAAGGAUAGAAAAAAAGAGAGCGAGGGGAAAGAGAGAGAGAGAGAGGGAAAGAAAAAGAGAGAGGGUGGAGGAGGAGGAGAGGAGGAGGCGGAGAGCUCACGCUCGGUGAUAAAGAUCGAGAGAUAUAUAGACGAUUUCAGUGACGCGCUCCCGCGCACCAGGAGGAGCCUUCUUCUCUCUCGCGCGCGGCCCAGUCGGAAAAACCGCGGGGAAUAUCGGUCUCCCUCUCUCUCACCGACGACGGAAGAGCGCAAAGGAACGGGCCCACCGGGCGAAAACGAAGGGACCACCGACCCACUCUGACCCUCUGACGUCGCAGCGUCCGCUCGGAUAUUCUCUCUCAUCUUCGGAAGUCCGUCUCUUAGUGGCUAGUGUGUGAGUGUGCGCGAAUUAUCAUACCGGUCGUCCGCCGCGCGUCCACGCUCGCACGCACGCAAUAUACGCACGUGCGAGUCGCCGGAGUCGUUCGGAACACCCGGUCUCUCGGGUCCCUCCUCUCCUCGCGACUGGUGGGACACGGUUCGCGGAUAGUGAGAGAAAAUCGGGUUCCCGGUCUCGGCGGAUUUCCGGCCACCGGUACCUUCGUGGAAAUUCGGUCUCCCGCGAAGGCGCUCCGCAUGAUAUUCGCGGGAGGCACCGAGAGUUGUGUCAUCGAUUAUCGAUCGCCGGGUCGCGCGAGUCGAGUACUUUGAAGCAGCUGAAGGAACAACUGAAAGCUUUGAAACAACUGAAGGAUAUUCAACGCGCAGUUCUCAACGACUGUCGCAACGGGAGCGGGAACGAGCGAGAUUGCGACGACGACGACGACUCGCGUGCAUCGAGUCCUCCGAUAAUCCGCAUCCGGCUGGCGUUGCGAGUCGCCAACACGCCGCAAUUGCGACCACGCGCUUAUCCAAUUCUCCCAAGACGAGAGCGAUGUGUGAAUAAAGAAUCGACGGCACCGCCUCGUCCCGGUUGAACUCGAUUGGCCGAACGAUCCGCUUGGAUCCCUUUGACAAAAGAGGAAAAAAGGAAGAAGAGACAGAGAAAUAUCCAGACAGAAUUCUCACACGACGCUGGAAGGUUGAACGGCACGGCGGGAAAAGAGGAAAAUCGGUCGGUAGCCUCGGGAAACUCGGUCUCGCCCAUCAUCAGCACGGCCCUGGCGCGCGUUUUCACCAACGCGGGCGCGGCAUUCGCGAAAAAUCUGCGCUCAAUCGUAGGAAGCACUACGUCGCGGUUUUUCUGCGACGCGGCGGUGCCGAGAUCGCGCAUCCGUGUCGUCUUCCUCGGCGCGGUGUCCUGUGCGAGAGCGCGAAGCCACGAAAGCGCGAUAGACGGUCUCUCGUCGUGGGAAAAGCGAAACGGUAAAGCGUGAAAUCCAGCGAGGUAGAGGAGAAGGAGAAGAGGAAGGUGAAGGCUCGCGCGUUAAUCCGCGUGUCAUCGAUCGCGAUCCACCCGCUCUCGCGUCCGCGAAAGAGAAGUCGCGCGCGCGCGCGCGCGCUCGGCACCGCGAUCGAUCGAUCGAUCGAUCGAUCGCGAGAGUGAGGCGGAAGUCGUCGCCGAGAGGAAAAGUGGGUGACGCGCGAAAACGGGAGGCGCGACUCGGCGUAGGGUGUCGGAUGAACUGGAGGAGUCGGCUGUUGCGUCGAGUGCAGAAGGAUGCCGAUGACGACGACGGCGAGGAGGACGAGGACGGCGACGAUAGGGAUGACGAGCGCGGCGAUGACGAGAGAGUCUUGAGGAAUACGGUGGACUUUGCUAGUGAAACUUGGGCUACUGUUUCCACGGAACUUCGAGCGGGAGACGCGUUGCAGCGAGAGAUUCCCGCGCAGGAGAGGAAGACUGGACAAAGCGGAAGAAGCAGAAUAAGACGAGCAAAGCAGAAGCGGAGCAGCAGAAGAGCGAAAGAAGACCGAGAGCCGAACGAGUAAAAGCGGGGUUGCGAAGAAGAAAGUGAUCAGCGAGUUGAUCGUGCGAAUCCGAAAAUAGCGAGGUGAUAGAGGACGGAAAGAUCGGGAGCAGCUACGGAAGCGCAGGAGAGAAAGAGCAAAGAUCGAGAGAUAGAGACGGAGAGGAAAAUAGAGAGAUAGAUAGAGAGAAAGAGAGAGAGAGAGAGAGAGAGAGAAGGAGAUAAAGAGACAGAGGAAGAGAGAAAGAGUGAGAGAUAGAGAAAACGAAGCAAGAAUCGGAAAAAAGCUCGACAGAGAACCCCGCGCUGCAUACAUAUAUAUUUCAGUGUGUUCAAAAAACGAGUGUACCUAAGUGCAAUAUUAAUUAAACGAUAAUAAGAAGCAACCACAAUUACCAUCGACGAUAUCGGUAACGACGAGCGGUGAUCGAUAAUCGAAUAGAAUUCCUUUUAAAGAGUUAAAACGCUAGAGUCGCAUUUCGAGGAGGAGUCAUCGACGGACGCGACAGCCGCUUCGGAGGAGAGACGGUCGGCGUAAAGCAGAGGCGGAAGCCGAGGAAAACGGAGUGACGGAAAUCCCGGAGAGGAACGCUCUCGUCCCGCUUAAAAGAAUUCACACGGACUCACCGACAGGCGAGCAACGCGCGCGACAGCGGACACACUUUUUCGAAGGCUGGGCGCGCGCGAUAUCUCGCACACGCACACAUACGCACACACACACACACAACAUCGCACGCACAUCCAACAUAACGGGGCUAAAAUACUCAGGGCAAAACGGGACGAGCGGUAAUCAUCCGCGAGUGUGAUUUCUCACCCCGAAGAAGACGAAGAGGAAGAAGAGAGCGGAAGCCUCACCCGACCGGUAUCUGAUUCGCGUCCGCGUGGACUAUCCUUCUCGUUUACACCGUCCGGGCUGGGCAAUCCUGAAUUUUAACCUGAACUUAAGUGUACGCUAGAGUUUAAGUUAGAUAGACGAAGGAAAUAGGCCGUUCUCCCAUUCGUUGGAGAACGUUCGCUCGCGCGCGCAGCAACUCACGCAAAACACACGCGUAAAACACACACACAACACACACACACACUCAUACACACACACACUCACACACACGUGACACACAGAGGAGGGGGAGAAGAAGUAGCAGUAGCAGCAGAAGAAAGAAGAGAAGAAGCAGUAGGAGAGGAAGAAGAGAGAUCACGCGGCCGAACCGCGAAAACGCGAACGAACCGCGCACGCAUGCGGCACGACCUGCGUGCGUAAAGCCAUAUCUCACGACAAAGGACGCAUUACGGAUCUAUCGACGGCGAUCGUAGGUGCGCUCGCGAGAGACACCGCGAACGACGGAGACAGCCACGACGUAGAGGAGGAGAAGAAGAAUAAGAAGAAGAGGACAAAGCGAGCUGAGAGAGGGAGAGAUCUGGGAGAGGACCCGGAAGAGGGAGUGGAGGAAUCAUAAGAGGAACUUUCAUGAGACAGGCGGUAGGUAGCAGUGCCGGGAAGUCGCAGCAGGUGGCGAGUAACUGACGUUGCCCGCCGCCCACGUCGAAGCUCGGCAGCGCGAGGAUCGUUAUCGUUACGACGAUCCCGAGCUGAAAAGCAGCGACCGAGCGAGACGAAAGAUAGGAAGUAACGG